UGCAAGGCCCCAGAGGAAGCCUUGGUCCUCCAGGGAAGAUGGGGCCAGCUGGACCAGCAGGACAAAAAGGGUCUCAAGGGAAUACUGGACCGAAAGGAGAUACUGGACAAAUAGGACCACGUGGAAUUCAGGGUUUGCAGGGCCCUCUUGGAAAAGUGGGCCCUUCUGGACCAAAAGGUAACAUUGGCCCACAAGGUGAGAAAGGUGUCAAAGGAGAAAUAGGUCUCAAAGGAGCCCUUGGCCCUCCAGGACCUCAAGGCAAAGUAGGUGCCCCUGGACCAGCUGGGGCCAAAGGAUCAGUGGGUGAAAAGGGAAUGAAAGGGGACACAGGUGUCAAAGGACUACAAGGACCACCAGGUCCCCAAGGGCCAGUGGGAAAACCUGGUUCCCCUGGGACCAAAGGAGAUAGGGGUGCCACGGGUGAAAAGGGAUUAAAAGGCGAUAGCGGUCUCUCAGAGGUCAAUCUUUUGAAGACUAAAGUUAGCGCACUGGAAGGACAGCUGAAAUCUCUGCAGGCCAGCUUUUCCAAAUACCAGAAAGUUACCGAAUUCCCAGGCGGACGCACAGUAGGCAACAAAGUGUUCAAAACCAGCGGCUAUGAAGGCAACUUCGAUGACUUGAGGCAGAGGUGCGCACAGGCCGGAGGCCAGCUCGCGACCCCGAGAAAUGCCGCAGAGAACGAUGCCAUCCAAAAGAUUGUGUUGCUCUACAACAAACCGGCCUUCCUUGGCAUAACUGACUUAAAGAUCAAAGGGACCUUUAAGUACCUGAACGAUCAGCCGCUCACUUACAUCAACUGGGUGCCCGGGGAGCCCAACAAUAGUGGCGGCAAAGAGAAUUGUGUCGAAAUCUUUUCGAAUGGAAAAUGGAACGACAAAUCCUGUGGGGAAAAAAGGCUCCUGGUCUGCGAAUUUUAGACCCGUCUGUCACGCAGCAUUUCAAUCCAGGGAGGCUGCAAAGUUUUAAUACCAUGUUUGCUUCUUAUCUAUAGGCAUUAAGGAAAUCAUGACUUAGCUAAUCCUCCCUAAAUUCUAGAGAGGGGGGAACUCUUGAUUUCAUGCAUGCAAUUAAAAUAACUUCACCACCA